GCUGCUGGAGGUGAGGUAUUACAGCUAUCUAUCUUACUUCUGACCAUCGGAAUUGCCUCUUCCCCGGAUUCUGGUAUCCAUACUUCACUGCGUCGUUCAGAUUCCGAAUAACCCGUCAACAUGGCAAGCUCACUUAGCAUCGCUCAUCUCACGCUGGACUGGAAACGACAAAAUCCACCCAAGGGACCAGACUUCGAUUGGGAAAUGUACCGUUAUGUUCCUUCUCUGGCUGGAGCGAUCGUUUGCUUGGUAGUCUUCCUCGUCAUGGCACUUCUACAUCUAUACCAGUUUCUCAGGUCGAGGAAUCGGAUCAUAGUCUUUGUGGUUAUCGGCGCAAUGUGCGAAGUUGGCGGAUACGGCGCACGUAUCGCUUCUCACUUCGACAAUCAAGCCUGGGGCCCGUACAUCACUCAAGGUGUACUGACACUUGUCGGUCCUCUGUGGUUCGCCGCAACCAUAUACAUGAUGCUUGGCCGUACCAUCAGACUCGCCGGUGGUGAAGACGUUAGUCUAAUCCCAGCAAAGUGGUACACGAGGAUCUUCGUUACUGCGGAUGUCACAACGUUGAUCAUCCAGGGCUUAGGCGCCAGUAUCAUGGGCACCAUGCAACUCGCUCUCGCCCUCGCAGGUGAGAAGAUCGUUAUCGCCGGCCUCGCACUCCAAGUCGCUACCUUCAUCGUCUUCCUCAUCGCCUCAUUCGACUUCCAAAUCCGUAUGAACAAGAAAGCCGACCACCCCUCAGCAGACUGGAAGAAGAUGCUAUACAUACUCUACAGUGUCAGUGCGCUGAUCUUGUUUCGCUGCGCGUUCAGACUCAUCGAGUAUGCCAUGGGCAACGCUGCCUACCUGAUUGCGCAUGAGUGGACGCUGUAUUGCUUCGAUUCUGUGCCAAUGUUUCUUGUCUUGAUUUUGCUGCUAGUUCUACAGCCGAGUCGCUACGUUGAGGGAAACUUGGGGAAGCCGCAAGUGGAGAGCGAUGGCGAGAUUGGUGUUAUAGAGGGGAAGUGAUGGUUUCUGUUAUAUCUGAUUAGGAUGAUCAGCGUACUUUGAACGUUCCCUCUCAGCGCUCUUGGAGUUCCUAGCAACCAAAUUAUUAGCUUUUUCUCUUCAGUCUGUUUACAUUAUCAUUGUUGUGGUGAGCGCGCGUGAUAUGCGUGCCUGG